AUGGCUGAUGGAUGCGUUCUGUUGCAGCACUACCCGCAGGCCAUGGCUUUUAUGGUCCCUCCAAAAGAAAAACUAGAGCUUCUACCACGGCUGUGUCCCUGUCCAGCCUCGUACUUCACAUGCAACGAUGGAUUCUGCAUACCGAUGCGAUGGCGAUGCGACUCGAAGGCCGAUUGUCCGGACAGGUCCGAUGAGAGCAGCGAGUGCGCCAAGGCGCCCAAGUGCAACGAGGGACAAUUUCGGUGCGGGCAUAGCCGCCAGUGCAUUCCGGAUAACUGGCUCUGCGAUGGUGAAUACGACUGCGGCAAGGGCGACACGUCCGAUGAGACCAACUGUCCCAAUGGAGCUGCGCCCAAGUGUCGGGCCUUUGAGAGCGAGUGUCGCAAUGGCGACUGUCUGGAGUUGUCCCGCUUCUGUGAUGGCCACUGGGACUGUGAUAAUGAUGAGCUGCAAUGUGAUAAACAGAACGCGGCCUGUGCCGCCCUGAACUGCAGCUAUAACUGCAAACUGACCCCGCAGGGGCCACGCUGCUAUUGCCCCAAGGGUCAGGUAUCCGAAUCGGUCAACUCCACCCGCUGCGUGGACUACGAUGAAUGCACCGAACCCGGCACCUGUGACCAGGUGUGCCGCAAUACGCCAGGCUCCUAUGAAUGCUCCUGCGUUUCCGGCUAUGCCAAGUCCAAGGGAAGGCGCUGCCGGGCCAUCAAUGUGCCACCCACGGAGCCCGCAACGCUGACUCUGCUAUCGCAGGGCAACAUCCGGCGUAUUGGAACGAAUGGCGAAGUCAUCGGCCCCAGUCCGGCACCGUGGGGGAAGGAUAUAGAUAGGAAAACGGAUAAUGACCAGGACAAGGAGGACGGCACCGCUGCUGGGAGUCAGCCGCUGUCCACGCAGUCGGCGCGCUUUGUCCACGCCUUCGAGGUGUGGCACCGGAACCGUACCCUCUGCUCCCUGCACAACAGCUGGCACGAGCUGCACAUGCAGUGCCAGCGCAUCGAUGAUGACCGGGUCAACUGGACGCUGCCCAUAUCCUCGUUCAUCUCGGCGCAACAAUUUUUUACGGAGAUGCGGCUGGACUGGCUGGCGGGUAAUUGGUAUUUGCUGAACGAGGACGACGGCCUGGUUUAUCUGUGCACCAAUGCGAUGACCCACUGCCGCCUGAUAUUGCAGCAGGUGGAGCAUAUUUCCUCGCUGGUUCUGGAUCCCACCAAGGGCUAUCUGUUUACCACGGACUAUACGCCAAGUUUAUCGCGGUCGCUGCUUGAUGGGAGCAAUCGCACAGUUCUGGUCACCGAACAGAUAUAUCAUCCGAGUAGUAUUGCUUUGGAUCUGGCCAAUGAGUUGGUUUACUGGAUAGACAUCUACAAGGAUGUCAUUGAGCGGGUGAAUUACGAGGGACAGAAUCGUUGGACACUCAAAAAGUCACCAGAUUCUCCCGUGCCUUUGAAAACCAUCCAUGCCCUGGAAGUCUUUGAGAAUACCAUCUAUUUGGCUUCCUGGAUGGACAAUGCUAUCGUGACCCUCGACAAAUUUACGCUCAAGGCUCGCGUCCUCGUUCCGGAUGUGAGUCGCGGUGCCAAUUUCCGCAUUUUCCACCGCCAAAAACAGCCGGAGGUGGCGCAUCCGUGCCGGGAUAACAACGCUGGCUGCAACCAGAUUUGUGUGCCGCAGUGGACCCGCGGCUUUGCCAGCGCCAAAUGCCUUUGCACCGCCGGCUAUAAGCUGCACAAUCAGACCACCUGCCUUCUCUCCGCUCUGGACAAAUUCCUUGUCUACACGGACAAGCAGCUGGCAAGGAUUACGGGUGUGCCGUUGGACACUGAGCAGGUGCAUCGAUUGCAACAGAUCGGCGAGCAGCCCGAUGUGAUGGUGCCAGUGCACAAUGUCUCUCUAACAUCCAGCAUCGAUGUGAGUGUGCGUGGCAAGUCGGUGUUUUAUGUGGUUCCCGAUGCGGAUGUCAGUCCCAUUGGUGAUGAGGAGCAUACAUGCAGCAUUCGGAGUCAAUCCCUGAAUGGCAGCGUGUCCAGACUGUUGGUCAGCGGUUUGGAUAAGGUGCAUGCUUUGGCCUUUGACUGGAUUAACGAGCACCUUUACUGGUCCAGCCAUCGAAAGCUGCAGGUGGCUCCUUUAAGAAAUAUGAGCAAGGUGCUUACCUUCAACAUGGAAUGCGAUGUCAUGUCCCUGGAGUUGGAUCCUAUUACAGGAUUGCUGUACUGGACGCAAUGGAAGUCACUGACCUGCGAGGGCGCCAUCUACAGCGCCUGGAUGGAUGGCACGCACAAGGAAUUGCUGGCCAAGGCCACCACCACUAUGCCUAUGCGAUUUCCACGCAGUCUUGAUGUAGAUAGACGGACCAAGGAGCUGUACUGGUGCGACCUUCGAUUAGGCACCAUUGAGGUGAUGAAACUGGAUGGCACCGGACGGGAGAUACUCUUUAAGUCUGACCAGUUCCAUCCGUAUUCCAUGGUUCAAAGCAAUGGACUGAUCUACUGGGUGGGCCAUAUAAACUCCACAAUUUGGCGCUUCCAUGCCCAUCAGGCGAACCUCUCCAGUACGUUCAGUUCCACAGUGCAUCUACAGCGAACUGGACGAGGUGCCGACCUAAGGAUCUUCGAUUUGGCCACUCAACCACUGCCGCAGAACCCUAGUGCUUGUGCACAGUCCAAGUGCCCUGGCAUGUGCCUGAACACUCCCAAGGGAGCCAUCUGCCGUUGUCCAGAUGGAUUUACUCUUAAUGGCACCGGGAGUCACUGCAUACCGCAGCUGGCGCCUUCACCCAUUCGUCCCAAUUGCACCUCGGGCUUCAUGUGCCGGAGCACGCGGCAGUGCAUCGAUGGAAAGGACAUGUGCGACGGCUUCGAGGACUGUGAGGACGGCAUCGAUGAGAGCAGCGAUGCCAGGGGUCCCUGCAAUCCCUUGACCUGUGACAAGACCCUGCACUUUGUGUGCAAUGGACGGUGCUACCAGAGAUCCCUGCUAUGCAGCUCUAUUGCCUACUGCUCGGACGGAUCGGACCAGGCUAAUUGCGAGCACAGCACUUGCAAUAGCAAUGAGUUCACCUGUCAGAAGAGCGGACGCUGUAUCCAGAUGACCUGGGUGAAUGACGGCGUGAUUGAUUGCGGACCGGACGAUGACUCGGACGAAUCGACGGAGAUCUUCUUGGGCAGCAAGUGUCCGGAGUUGGACUGUGGCAAUGGAAAGUGUCGCCAGUUUGCAGAUGUCUGCGAUGGAAUAGAUAAUUGCGGAAACAAUGCCGAUGAAAUGGACUGUGAGCAGGAGUGCGGUCAUGGCGAGAAGUACUGCCGCCCCAUUGGUUGCUACGGUGAGAUGACCAUGUGCGAUGGCAUCCACGACUGCGAGGACUCCAGCGACGAGGCUAAUUGCAAUCAAACCAAGAGCGACAACCAUCCUAUGACCGGCUGGAAGGAGCUGAACGAGUGUGCUCCCCUUGAGUUCGCCUGUCAGGAUCCGUUCGAAUGCAUUCCAGACUUCCUGCGCUGCGAUGGCAUCCCCCACUGCUUCGACAAGACGGAUGAGCUUAACUGCACGCACAUCAAUGCCACACGCUUUGAUCUGAACGAGACAGUGAUCUGCGAGCAUCCGGACCGAUUGUGCGGCUUCUCCAGGCAGUGUGUGACGGUGGAUCAACUGUGCGAUGGCAAGAACGACUGCGAGGAUACCACAGACGAGGGUUUCCUGUGCGCUGACAAGCUUUGCGAGCGUAGCCACGAGUGCUCUCAUCGCUGCCAUAACACACCGGAGGGCUACAUCUGCUCCUGCCCAGAUCACUUGUACCUGCAGCCGAACGGCAAGCGUUGCAGCAUGCAGCAUGCCUGCGAUCACUGGGACACCUGUUCGCAGGUGUGCGAGAGCAACGGCAAGGGAUAUGAGUGUCAUUGCUUGAAGGGAUUCGAUCUGGCCUACGACAAGUUCACCUGCAAAAGCACCGCCCCGGAUGAGCCGUAUGUGAUAUUCACGAACCGGCAGGACAUCAAAGGCAUCGACCUGAAGACCCUAAACGUGGGUAACUUCUACACCUCCCAAAGGAAUAUCAUUGCCCUGGACUUUCUGUACGUUAACGAGUCCAACAUUGAGAUCUACUGGACGGAUGUGAUCGACGAUAAGAUAUACAAGGGACAGCUGAUGGGCGAGAGUCUGCGCAAUGUGGAAGCGGUCAUCCACUCCGGUCUGUCCACCACAGAGGGUCUGGCUGUGGAUUGGGUAGGCAAGAACCUGUACUGGAUCGACUCGAAUCUAGAUCAAAUAGAGGUGGCCAAGCUGAAUGGUAGCUUCCGGCGCACACUCAUCGCGGGCAGCAUGGAAAGUCCCCGGGCGAUAGCCCUAGAUCCGCGGGAGGGUCUGCUCUUCUGGACGGACUGGGACGACAACUCACCGCGCAUUGAGCGAGCCAGCAUGUCGGGCGAAGGCAGGCGCAUGAUCUCCACCAGCUGGCAGCUAAGUGCCGGCUGGCCCAACGGCCUCACCCUGGACUACACUCAAAAGCGUGUCUAUUGGGUGGAUGCCAAGUCCGAUUCGAUCAGUAGCACGUUGUACGAUGGCACCGAGCACCAUGUGGUGCUGCGCAACAAGGAUAUACUCUCGCAUCCGUUUGCCAUCUCUGUAUUUGAGAAUUAUGUGUACUGGACGGAUUGGCGCACUAUGUCGGUUAUACGGGCCAACAAGUGGAAUGGCAGUGAUUUCCAGGUGCUGCAGCGCACCCAGUCGCAGCCCUUUGGAAUCCAGGUUCUCCACUCCAGUCGCCAGCCCUGGGAUAAGAAUCCCUGUGGGGAGAACAACGGUGGAUGCUCUCAUCUAUGUCUGCUGAGCGGAAAGGGCACCUUCAAGUGCGAGUGUCCGCAUGUGAUGCGUCUGGAUCCCAGCGAUGAGCGCAACUGUAUACCAAACGAGCAGGUGCUGCUCUUUGUAAUGGUGGACGAGAUCCGGGGCAUAGAUCUUCAUCAGCCCAAUCAUCAUACUAUUCCCACCAUCAGGCAGUCGCCAAGGUUGGUGGCUCCCCAACGCAUUGACUUUCUGGUGGACGAGAGUCGUAUCUUUUGGUCGGACAUCCAGCAGAAUGAGAUCUCCAGUGCUGGCAUCUCGAAUGGUUUGAUUGAACCCAUCAUUAACACCAACAUUGAGAAACCGUAUGGCUUUGCCAUCGACUGGAUUGGUCGGAACAUGUACUUCUCCUCGGGUCAGAUCAAGUGCAAUAUCCUAGCAAGUAACCUGAAGGGGGAGUAUGUGACCCACAUCCAUGAAGAUCUCAACAUGGUCGACAGCAUUGCUCUGGAUCCAGCCAAUGGGAAGAUGUACUGGAUCCAUACCGCCUCGGAUGGCAGCUUGUCCCAGCUGGAGCAAUCCAAUCUUGAUGGCUCUGGCCGUGCAUUAAUCUAUGAGCAUGAAAACAGUCUUCAGAGCUUGACAAUGGACUUUGACUCACAGAGGUUGUACUAUGCCUACGAUAACUCGGGCAUUGCCUAUUACGACAUUCCCAAGAAUGAGACACACAAAGUGCUGGUGGCCAGCCAAAUCACCUCGAUUAGUUCACUGACUGUGUAUAAUGAUACUCUGUACUUCCCAGAGAACAUACAGAGUGUGAUCAUGCAGUGCGAGAAGGAGCUCUGCUCCAACAUGUCCUACUUAAGGGUCAACACGAAGAGCAUACAGAGCAUGAAGAUGUUCUAUGCGGGAGCUCAGACAGGGACGAAUACUUGUGCUGGACCUCUGCGAGGUGGCUGCCAGCAGCUGUGCCUGGCCAUCUCAGCCACGGAUCAUGUGUGCCGCUGUGCCCUUGGCUACGAUGUGGAGCCCAAGAAUCCCACACAUUGUAUACCCCGAGCUGAGUUCAUUUUCUACUCCAUUGAUGUGCUGCAGGGCGUGGAAAUGAUUGAUCCCUCGGAGGAGUUUGAUCAGCCAGCUCCGGCUUUGGUUCCCAUCUCCCGUGUGAGUUCCGCCAGUUUCAUUGAGUACUUGGCGGCCACGGAUACGCUCUACUGGGGUGACAAUGAACUGGGCAGCAUUUCCAGGGUGAAGCGCGAUGGCACCCAGAGGGAGACCAUUCUGGAGGCCAUUAAUCUGGCUGGCUACAAGCAACAGGACUGGCUGGGCGGCAUUGCCAUAGACUGGGUGGCCGGGAAUAUCUAUUGGAGCGAUACGAAGCGCAAUCUCAUCGAGGUAGCCCGUCUGGAUGGCAGCCAUCGCUAUGUGGUGGUCUCCAAUCUGGAUAAACCCACAGCCCUCGCGGUGGAUCCUCAGCAAGGCCUGCUCUUCUAUGUGACCCAGCAGCACAUAGGGCGUGUGGGCCUCGAUGGCAGCCAGCCUUUCAUCCUGGUCAACCAGACGCGUGCCAAUUGGGCUGUGGGCAACCUGGUUCUAGAUAUUGAAGCCACCAAGGUAUACUGGUGUGAGCGCAACCCUGAUGCCUUGAUGAAGGUGGACUACGAUGGAAAUUUAAGGCAGCAGCUGCUGAACUUGACCCUCAGCAACCCAGUGGCGCUGGCCAAGAUGGGAGAUUAUCUCUACUGGGCAGAGAACAAGUACAAUGAAGGCACUAUUCGAGUGGCGCCUCUGGCAAACCUCAGUCGUUCGAAGGUGAUCCUAGAGACCGAGCAGGAUGCCAUCAGGGAUCUGAAAAUAUACUCCAAGCGGAUACAGCGCGGCACCAAUCCCUGUGCCCAGAGCAACGGUGGCUGCGAGCAGCUCUGCCUGUUCAACGGCACCAGUGCCAUCUGUGCUUGCGCCCACAGCCGGCUGGCGGCGGACGGAGUCACCUGUGAACCGUACGAGAACUUCCUGCUUUUCAGCUAUCGCAGCAACAUCGAGAGCAUUCACAUGACGGAGCAUGCGAACAAGAACUGGCCGGUGCAAAUGAUAUCGAACAGCAGCAUGAUGAGGAAUGUGAUAGCCAUCAGCUACAACUACGAGGAGCAACUGGUGUACUAUUCGGAUGUCCAAUUAAGCACAAUUAAUCAAGUGCACUUCAAUGGCAGCGGCCAGCGCGUUUUGGUUGGCCAGCAGGAGCGAGUGGAGGGUCUGGCCUACGACAUGGUUAACGAGCAGCUAUUUUGGACAUCGAAUAAUAACAAUGCGGUCAUUAGAAGUGUAGAGCUCGGUCAUCUCGCCAAGCAGGCGGAUCAAAACCAGAAGCACGUGAAGAACGUGCUGAGUCUCAGGGAGAAGGACAAGCCGCGCGGAAUUGCCGUGGAGCCUUGCCUGGGCAUGAUCUACUGGACCAACUGGAAUGAGGAGUCGCCUUGCAUCCAGCGCUCUUACCUCACUGGCUACGGCACAGAGAUGAUCAUAAAGAAGGACAUCAAGAUGCCGAAUGCCUUGACCCUGGAUCUGGAGCAGCAGAAACUAUACUGGGCGGACGCCAGGCUGGACAAGAUUGAGCGCACCAAUUACGACGGCACCAACCGGGUGGUCUUGGCACAUUCCACACCCAAACACGCCUUCGCGAUGGCUGUGUAUGGAGACCUGCUCUUCUGGACGGACUGGGUGCUCCACGCCGUGGUGCGGGCCAACAAGUACACCGGAACGGAUGUUCUCUUCCUUCGUGAGCAUGUGACCCGACCCAUGGGCAUUGUGGCGGUGCAGAACAGCAGCAUCAACUGCGAUGAGAAUCAGUGCAAGAUCUUGAAUGGCCAGUGCGAGGAUGUGUGUAUUUUGAAUGCAAGCGGACAGGCCACCUGCCACUGCACCCAGGGCAUUCUGGCGCCCGACGGACGCCGCUGUAUCGCCCCCGUGAACACGAAUUGCGGCACCCUGCAGUACAACUGUCACUCCGGUGAGUGCAUCCCCAUGGAGCUAACCUGCGACAAUGUCACCCAUUGUGCUGAUGGCUCUGAUGAGUGGCGCAGCUACUGCAUCUUCCGCCAGUGCCCGGAUACGCAUUUCAUGUGCCAGAACCAUCGUUGCAUCCCUAAGGAGCACAAGUGCGACGGUGUGCAGCAGUGUGGCGAUGGCAGCGACGAGACCAAGCUGCUUUGCAAGUGCCCACAGGAUCAGUUCCGCUGCGGCAGCGGAGAGUGCAUCUCAAGGAAGUUCGUCUGUGAUAAGAUGAAGGAUUGCCGGGACUUCAGCGACGAGAAGAUGUGCGCUCCCAUGCCCUGCGAGGUGGGCAACGUGGCCUUCGAGCACUGCGGCAAUAGCACCAUCUGCAUCAUGCCCAGCUGGCGCUGCGAUGGCGAUGCGGAUUGUCCCGAUGGAACCGAUGAGCUCAAUUGCCCGAAUCGCACCAAUGUGAGCUGCGAUGCUAACCAGUUCCGAUGUGCCACCGGUAACUGCAUCCUCGCUGCGUGGCACUGCGACGGCGAGAAGGACUGCCCCGAUGGCAGCGACGAGUUGGGUUGCCGCCACGAGUGCCAUGGCCAUCAGUUUGCCUGCGACAACGGCUGCAUUCCGGCCAGCUGGCAGUGUGAUGGGAAGAGCGAUUGCGAAGAUGGCUCAGACGAGGGCCCGCAGUGCCCGAGUCGACCAUGCCGGCCACAUCUCUUCCAGUGCGAAAGCUCCGGUCGCUGCAUACCCCACAAGUGGGUAUGCGAUGGCGAGAAGGAUUGUCCCAGCGGGCCGGGGGAUACGGGCAGCGAGGAUGAGGGACCCCAAUGUGGCAGCAUCGCUCACAUUCCCGACUGUCCGCCGCCGGCACAUCUCUGCACCAGCGGUCUGUGCAUUGACUCCCAGUACGUGUGCGAUGGCGACGAGGAUUGCCCCGGCGGUGACGACGAGUACGAGGGCUGUGUGCCCGCCUUUGUACCGCACUCCUGCCCAGGCGGAUCUCUGAUGCACCAGUGCCAGGACGGCAAAUGCAUAUUGAAGAACCAAACGUGCGACGGAAAGCGGGACUGUGGCGACGGCAGCGAUGAGUUACCCCACCUGUGUGCCCACACGAGGGGUUGCAAUGGCACCGAUGACUUCCGCUGCAAGAACGGGGCCUGCAUCAGUGCGGAUUUGCUCUGCGAUCGGAGGAACGACUGCGGCGACUUCUCUGACGAGGAGCUCUGCAACGUCAACGAGUGCCUCAUUAUAGAUAUCUGCGAACAUGAGUGUGAGGACUUGGUUGUGGGCUACAAGUGUAUCUGCAGUCCCGGCUAUAAGGUUCUUCCCCAGAGUCCACAUCUCUGCACGGAUGUCGAUGAGUGCGACGAACAACAGCCCUGCUCCCAGACCUGUAUCAACACCUACGGCUCAUACAAGUGCCUGUGCGCCAAGGGGUACGCCUUGGUAGAUCGUCACACCUGCAAGGCCACCAGCAAUGUGUCCAUGGAGCUGAUCUUCUCCAAUCGCUACUACAUCCGGCAGGUGAAUAUGUCGGGCAAUGGCACCAUUCUGAUCAACGAGCUCUCCAAUGCCGUGGCCUUGGACUACGACUGGGACAGUCAGUGCCUGUACUGGUCGGAUGUCACCAGCACAGUGGGCACCAUUAAGCGGCACUGCCCCAAGGAGAACAAGACGCAGACCCUGCACCAGGCCAUGUUGAAGAAUCCCGACGGCUUGGCCGUGGAUUGGGUGGCCAAGAAUCUGUACUGGUGCGACAAGGGACUGGAUACGAUCGAGGUAUCGCAACUGGAUGGAAAGUACCGGAAAGUACUGAUCAACGAGCAUCUGCGGGAGCCACGCGGCAUUGCCCUUGAUCCGUACCAGCGGCACAUCUACUGGUCCGAUUGGGGAGACAAUCCACAUAUUGGAAAGGCAGGCAUGGAUGGCUCCAACCCGAGGAUGAUCAUCCGUGAUGGUCUGGGUUGGCCCAACGCUUUGACCAUUAGCUUUGAGACGCAGCAGCUGUUCUGGGGCGAUGCCCGGGAGGAUACCAUCUCGGUGAGUGAUUUGGAUGGAAAUCACACGCGUCUGCUGUUGGCGAGGAGCAUCAAUCCGGAGCUCAAUCUGCAUCACAUCUUUGCCAUUGCCGUGUGGGAGGGGCACAUUUACUGGUCGGACUGGGAGACCAAAUCCAUUGAGUACUGCAGCAUUUUCAACGGACAGAACUGCACCACAUUGAUUACCACCAUUCACCGACCGAUGGAUCUGCGGGUGUUCCAUCCGUAUCGUCAGCAGCAGCCGAUGAGCGGUAAUCCCUGCUUGAAGGCAAACUGCUCCACUCUGUGUGUCCUGUCGCCGGAGGAGCCCUACUACAAAUGUCUCUGUCCCACGAACUUUGUGCUGGCAGCCGACAAUCGCACCUGUCGCGCCAACUGCACUGCAGCUCACUUCGAGUGUGUGAAUACCUACAAAUGCAUUCCGUUCUACUGGCGCUGUGACACCCAGGAUGACUGCGGUGAUGGCAGCGACGAGCCGGAGACCUGUCCACCCUUCCACUGUGAACCCGGUCAGUACCAAUGCGCCAACAAGAAAUGCAUCCAUCCAUCGCACAUUUGUGACGGCACAAAUCAGUGUGGUGAUGGCUCCGAUGAGCUUAACUGCGACAAGUUCACCUGCUUCGAUACGCAUCUCAAGUGUGGGGCAACUGCUAAUACCAGUGCCUUCUGUGUGGACAAUGUCAAGCGAUGCGAUGGAGUCAGUGAUUGUCCCGGUGGGGAGGAUGAGGCUGGAUGCACGCCACUCGUCUGCAAGAAGGACCAGUUCCAGUGUGGCAACAACCGGUGCAUGCCGUACGUCUGGGUGUGCGACGACGACAUUGAUUGUCCGGACAAGUCGGAUGAGGCCAACUGUGAAAAUGUGUCCUGUGGACCCAAUGACUUCCAAUGCAACUCUGGUCGCUGCAUUCCUCUUGCCUGGCGUUGCGACGAUGAGUCUGAUUGUCCUAAUAGCGAAGAUGAGCCUGCCAGCUGUUUCACCUCCAAGGCCACCUGCGAUCCCACUUACUUCAAGUGUAACAAUUCCAAAUGUAUACCAGGACGCUGGCGAUGUGACUACGAGAAUGAUUGUGGUGAUGGCAGCGAUGAGCUUAAUUGUCAAAUGAGGAACUGUUCGGAAAGUGAGUUCCGCUGCGGAACGGGCAAGUGCAUUAAGCACAAUUACCGCUGCGAUGGAGAGAUUCAUUGUGAUGACAGCAGUGAUGAGAUCAACUGCAACAUUACCUGCAAGGAGAAGCAGUUCAAGUGCGCAGCCUUUAACACCUGCAUUAACACGCAAUACCAAUGCGAUGGCGACGAUGACUGCCCCGAUGGCUCCGAUGAGGUCAACUGCACUUGUCCCUCGGAUCACUUUAGCUGCGGCAACGGCAAAUGCAUCAUGUCCCGCUGGAAGUGUGAUGGCUGGGACGACUGCUUGGAUGGCAGCGACGAGAGUUUCGCCACCUGUGCCCACAUCCAUUGCCAUGCCAAUGCUUUCAAGUGCAAGAACCAGUUGUGCAUCCGAAACUCUGCACUCUGCGAUGGCGUCAAUGACUGCGAUGAGAAGGAGGACGAGUCGGAUGAGGUGUGUGCAGCGCUGCCAAAGUGCCGGCAUGAUCAGUUUCAGUGCGAGAAUGAUGACUGCAUUGCCAAGAUCUUCCGCUGCGAUGGGCAGUACAAUUGCAUCGAUGGAUCCGAUGAGAUGAAUUGCCAGCCGCCGGUGUGUGGAUUUGGAAGCUGCUCGCAGAUCUGUAUUGAGAAGAAGGCGGGACACUUUAACUGCAAGUGCGCCGAAGGCUACCAAAAGGGAACGGCUAAGAAUGCUACUUGCCUGGCUUCCGGACCGGAUCAGAUAUUGCUGCUUGCCUCAGAGCAGGAGUUCCGAUUCAUAUUGCCAGCCAAACAGGAAGGCACCACUGUGGUGGGCUUCUUCCAAACAGACAGCCUCAAGAUCGAUGUCUUUGAUAUACUAAUCAGGCCAAAGGAUACGCUGCUUUUCUGGAUCGACUCGCAUCAUGGGAAGGUGCACACCAUGAAGAUAGCCACGCCGCAUGUCGAGGGCACUGGAGUGCGAGUGCGUCGAGAUCUCAAGGAGCUCACCGCCUUCAAUAUUCCGGAACUGGAUGAUCCCAAGUCAUUAGCUGUGGACUGGAUUACGCAGCGGGUGUACAUCAUAGAUUCGCGACACAACCAGAUCCUGGCCACAGACAUCGAGGGCAAGAAGUACAUAUCUCUGGUGUCGACAGGCAUGAAUCCCACGGAUAUUGUCCUGGAACCCGAGUCGCGUAUAAUGAUUUGGUCCACGCUGGAGAAUGGUAUCUUGGUGGCCUCCCUGGAUGGCAGCAACAAGAAGAGUCUGGUGGAACGCGAUGUGGGCUGGCCCAUCAGUCUCUCGAUGGAUUAUCCCACAGGACGACUCUACUGGGCGGACUAUCGCAAGGGAACAAUCGAGACGUGUCGCCUCAAUGGCAAAGAUCGGAAUGUGGUGCGGCGUUUUGGCACACGGGAGAAGCCCCAGAAGAUUGACGUGUUUGAGGACUUUCUGUACAUCAAACUGUAUGAUCAGAGCAUUAUCAAGAUGAACAAAUUUGGCAACGAUAAUGGCACCUAUCUACUGAAGGGCUAUCGCUCUUCGGACAUUGGCAUUCUGCAUCCCAUGAAGCAGAACAGGAAUAUCAGCAAUCCCUGCGCCAAGGAUCCUUGCAAGCCCUCACGUGCACUAUGCAUUCUUUCCUCGGAGACGUCCAGUGGCUUCAGUUGCCGCUGCCCUGAGGGCUAUGUGAUGACCGAGGAGGUCUGUAAGGCUCAUGCGGACAUCCCAGACUACUGCCCGCUGCAGUGCAACCUGGGCACAUGCAAGAUCGUGGAUCAUGUGCCCAAGUGCAUCUGCCAGCCGCAGUUUGAGGGUGAGCUGUGCGAACACUAUCGCUGCUCUGGUCACUGUCUAAACUAUGGUGUAUGCUCGGUGGCACCGCAGCUGCCUGGCUCCUUGGAUCCGCCGCCACUGAAGUGUACCUGCACGGCCGGAUGGUCGGGAGCGAGAUGCGAGACCUCCAUGCCUAUCUGCCAGAGUCGUUGUCACAAUGGAGGAUCUUGCCUACUCUCCGAGACGGAGGGCAUGAAGUGCAGCUGCCCGAAGCUCUUUACCGGCGAACAGUGCGAACAUUGUGUGAAUCUCACCUGCGAGAACGGUGGCAUAUGUCGGGAAACAUUGACGGGAACGCCACAGUGCGAGUGUCCAGAUGGCUUUACGGGCAAGCGAUGCGAGAUCGAUGAGUGCGCCGACUUCUGUAAGAACGGCGGCUCCUGCGUGAUCGGCUCCAAGGGCCAGCGGCAGUGCAGAUGCCUCAGCGGCUUCUAUGGCGAGCACUGUGAAUCUAGCUCUUGUCGGGACUUUUGUCAGAAUGGUGGAACCUGCUUGGAGCGUGGUGGUCGCCUGUCCUGCACCUGUCCACCUCGCUACAUUGGGGAUAGUUGUGAAUCGGAUUUGUGCAAGACCUUAUCUCCGCCGCUCUUCUGCGACACUGCCAAGAUACCCGCCAGGGAUCCCUGUACGGCAAUCAUUUGCCAGAAUUCGGGAACUUGCCAUGUGAUCAAGGGAGUGGCAAUGUGCAAUUGCACGGACCAAUGGAACGGCGACUUCUGCACGACGCCCGUUUCGGAGGAUAAUCCCUGUAUCCGGUACUGUGCAAAUGGUGGCGUCUGCCACCUGGAUGAGUAUAUAUUGCCACACUGCAGCUGCAUUGGUGAGUGGCAAGGCAAUGCCUGCGAACGACCACCACCUUGUGUCGGCGGUGUGUGCAAUGUCUGUCGUCCGGGUAGCUCCAUCAAUGAGUGUUUGUGCGGUGACAACAAGGUGGUGCCUUGCCUGGUGGACAGUGCGGAUGCUCUGAAGGGCGAACAGGAUGCGAAUGAGUCGGGCGGAGGCAUCUUCUCGGUUCUUGCGCUCAUCCUGGCUGUGAUUCUACUGGUGCUUGCCUUGUUUGCCGGCGCUGUUUAUUUCCUGAAAAAACAUCGCAUAGCUCAACCAUUUUCGCAUGCCCGUCUCACGGAUAAUGUGGAGAUCAUGCUUACCAAUGCCAUGUAUCGAGGUGAUGCGGAUGAGGCGCCCACCUUUGCCAGUGAAGAUGAUAAGGGCAACUUUGCCAAUCCCGUGUACGAAUCCAUGUACGCGGAUGCCAUACCGGAGCCAGUGAGCACGGAAAUAGCCCAUAGCACAGCCCCGGAUGAGCGGAAGGGUCUGCUGCAGCACACGCACGAUGAGAACCAUACGCCGGACAUACUCUGAUGAUUGACAUGCUCCGAACGGGAGCUGUGCUAGGCACAGUCGACGGAUAUAGCCCACAUCCCAAGCAACACACUCAAUACCGAUUUGAACUCGAACAAAUGGACUGAUAGCUUAGCCAUAUAACGAAUUUUUUAAACGAUUUUUUGUGUACAUUUUUGUAUUUUAUUUUGUUUC